CUCAGUGGUAGAGGCCGAGGCGGUGCUGCGCGUGCGCGUGCGGUCUGAGAGCGGAGGGGCUUCACAGCUGUGGUCUGUGCGAGUGACGCCGACCCCGGUGUGCGGCCGCGGGUCGUGUCCGGUGCGUUUGUGCCCAGGCUGCUGGGACGCGUCAGCAGAAACAAUGCCAGGGCCUUCUACUGGGUUUUGGAUGAUGUGGUAGCACAGCUUCAAACUCCCUCACCUCAGCAUCUUGGUCCCCACGGUUGUCCCGUCUACCACCAAGCUGGAAGCAUUCUGGCCAAAGAUGCCUCUCUUUGGGAAUACGUUCAGUCCGAAGAAGACGCCCCCUCGGAAGUCUGCUUCUCUCUCCAACCUGCAUAAUCUGGAUCGGUCAACCUGGGAGGUGGAGCUGGGCCUUGACUACGGGACUCCCACCAUGAACCUGACGGGACAAAGCCUCAAGUUUGAAAAUGGCCAGUGGGUAGCAGAGAUGGGGGUUAGUGGAGGUGUGGACCAGAGGGAGGCUCAGCGCCUCUGGAGGCGGAACCAGCAGCUGGAGGAAGAGAACAAUCUCUUGCGGCUCAAAGUAGACAUCCUGCUGGAAAUGCUCUCUGAGACCAUUGCUGAGUCCCAGGUAAUGGGGAAGGAGCUGGAUGAGCUGAAGAGUGUCAGCCGGAGGAGGAAGUGAACACCCCAAAGACAUGUGUCAGGAAAGUAGGGAGAAACCUACUGAUCAGAAGAGUAGGAUGUGGCUGAGGGGUUUCUUUUAGUUAAACUAGUGGAUUAGGUCCUGCGAUCGGGCCUAAAGGUACUGACCCCUUGGGUUGGCAGUAGGACAGUGACAGCCCAAACCAGGAUUCCAGGCCAGGGCCUUCAGUAGGAACGGCUGCGUGGCCCAGGGAGGCGAGUGUGUAAAUCGGGCCUCAGGGAGGCCUGCGGCAGUGAGGAGUCUUCUGGUGCUCUCCAGUCACUUCACGUACAAAUGCACCUGUCCCAGGUUCACUCCUGCUGGCCUGACACUGCUGGGAGAAGCAGCAGGAGUCCAUCAUGCCACCCCCUGGCAUUGGUGGUGGGGUACAGCGCCAGUUCUAAAGAACCCUGUAUUAUGGCAUCUCCGGCGAGCAGCUCUCCUGGCUGGCUUCCCCUCAGGCCACACUCUCCAUCCUUUAGAGAAAGAACACUCCUUCCUCAGAUCCACAGCUUCUGGCUUCAUUCCUCAGCCCCAAACAUCAGCCUGCACCAGCCUUCCACAGCAACACCAUAUUUUUGUGCUACUUUUCCGUUGACACUACUUUUUUUUUAAUUAAAUGAGGUUAUAUAAUC